AUGUUGGGCUUUAAUCGGGUAGUGCAGCUGCACACACUCCUGUUCUGUCUGCUGACGCUGUGUCUCGCGAAAGAUGACGAAAACUAUGACAACUCGACUAACUACCGUCCUCGCAAUGUCACAGGCCUCGGCAACUUCUACCAAUGGGUCGGAUCGUACUAUAAUGCGACAGCGGAGGUCGAGUUGAAACCCAUGUUUGGAGAUGUCUGGAACGAGACGCUGUUCGGCCCCAACUACACGGAUAAUCUAUGCCCUGAACUCAAGAACUCGACCCAAACCAUCAAAUACGACGCCAUUCUGAGCAUCCUCGAGAAAGGCAAAUGGAACGUCGGGGGUAACUCUUUUAUCUUCUGGCUGACCCUUAUCCCUAAAUCCUCAGCGGGGUACAACAUCUCCUCUCUCGGUGCCGAUUUUACCCCAAGCCCAGAUGGUUUUUGGCGACCCAAAGAGGGUAAAGGCCCUGAUAUCUUCAACUUCACCACUACCCAGAUCAAAUCAGGAGCUUACAACAUCGGCGCUCUCCUCCGACGCAACGAGCCGGAAUCCUACUCGGGAUGUCUGAACCUCACCAUGCCAGUGUGCAACGCCACCGAGCUAAGCGGCGAUUACGGAAUCGAUAUAGCAGAGUAUCGAUCUUGGGAAGAAGAGGGCUGGGAUGACUUUCGAUGGCCCAACAUCAGCAUGUUGUUCGACGACAAGACAGCCAACUUGACUAUGGACGCUGUAUUUUUUGCAAGACCGUAUGUUUGGCCUAAUGCGACAGAUAAGUGGUCGGCCCCUACAACUGGUAGCCCUGGUGCGCAUGGCUUCAUACAGAUUCGUGUCUCUGGGGUUAUUGAUGCGUAUCAUUCGGAUUCGCUCAGUCUUGAGGACGAGACGCCUAGUUGGCUGCGCACCGUGGGUUUUGGGAAUGAUUCAUCGAACAUUGGAUAUGACAGUGCAGCUAGCAAGUUGUCGGCCGAGUUCACUAUCUCUAUGAUGGCUGUUGCCCACAGAGUAGAGCUCCGUAUCUACAGCCUCAAGCUCUGA